AUGGCUAAUAACAGAGUUCCCUCCGGAAUGACGCCAGAGCUAUUCAAUUCAAUCCAGCGGAUCCUCCAAGGCUACCAAGGAGGCGGAGACAUGAGCGAUCUUAUGCGACACGUUUCCACCCAAGAUCCUGCUAUGCUUGACGCAUUGAUGAACGCGGUUUCUCAAUCAAACGAACAAAACCAAGUUGAUCUAACGACCUUUGACUACGCCUCCCUUCGCGUCAAGCGUGGUUCAUUCUGGGUCAUCCAGCUUACCCACAUGGGCUUCGGAGAUCCUCGCACAGGGCGUGUUUUCGAUAAUCAAUUUUCAGGCAGCCUACCUAUGUUUCAGAUCAUCGUUUACGAUGAGAGGGGCUCGUAUCGAGUCGCAGAGGGCACUAAGAAGCCAGGCUUACCUUCUUCGGAUUUUGUUCUGAAGGCAAUGCAAAAGGCAGUCGCGAAUCCCAUUCCCCCACUCCGUCCCGAACUUCCUGAGUUUUUGCUAGUCGCACGCAAGCUCGGACAACACCUUCCGACGUUGAGGCCGUUCUUGGACUCCCUUCCUGCCCCGUUCACCUGGAGACUCGAGACUGCUGAAGAAGAGGAGGAGGUAGCGAAUGGCGUCCACGCAAAGAACGUCGCAGGCGUGAAUAAGGGGAUACGAGAGGCUGAGAAUGAGAAGGAGCGCGGGAAUCGGGCGUUCGUCAGCAAGGACCGCACGAAGGCCGUCGAGCACUACACCAAGGCGAUCGAUUGGCUCCACGAUGCAGCGGCGCAGAAGCCCACAGACGUGGAGCUGGUGAAGAUCAAGGCUGUCGAGGCGGUCUGCCUCUCGAAUCGGGCGGCGACGUGGCUGCUCCCUGGAGAUGGACAGGACGCACAAAAGGCGCUUGAGGACGCUGACAUGGCGAUCGAGGAGGAUUGCGAGUAUGCGAAGGCGUAUUACCGAAAGGCGAAAGCCUUGAUGCUACUAUCGCGGAACUCGGAGGCUAUCGACGCGCUCACGAGCGCUCUCGUGAAACCCAACUUUGCCGCGGAGAAGGGUCUGAAUGAUGCGUUGGUGGAUUCAUACGGCGGCUUUCCGGAUGAUGCCGAUGGGCUGCGAUCGUUCUGCCUAGAUAAGUUCAAAAACGAGGAUGGCGACACGCGAGCUCGUCAUAUAGUGGAAUUCCGUCGUCGUGCAGAAGAGCAGCUAAAGAAAGUCGUUGGACCGGAUGCUGGCAUCGACUCGCUGUAA